AUGUAUUCCUUCUUACUCUCAAGCAUUCCACGUAAAUUUAACGUCAAUGAACGUACAUUUCAAAAAAAUGAAGCUCUCACGAAAGACCAAAAUGUUAAAGUUUAUGAAGAUGAGUUUCAACGAUUCGAAGACAUGAAUUUUAUUUCGAUUCCAACACUUCACGCUACAACUUCCACGACAUCAUCUAGUGACAGUGUUUCAUUAUCGACAGAACAUUUGCGUGAAAUGUUAAGCCGGGAUAUUGGAUAUAAUGCGACGUUUGGAAUACCGAAGUUAACACACAAUAGUAUUGCUAAAGCAUUAAGAAAUGUAACACGGCGCAUACCAGUGGAGGAAGAAAUAAAUCAAUUUUAUUUUUACGAGGAAAAAAAGCUUGAAGAUUUAAUAACAAAACGAGCAAUGUAUUUAAACUUUGGUAAACAGAACGAGCAACCUACAAUCAAACACUCGUUAGGGAUGUUAACAAAUGAGAAACAAAGUCCGAGUUAA